AUGGUUAGAGUAUGCGUGCCAACAGUGUCUACCGAAGUAGAAGAAGAAAAAGAAGAAGGUAUAUCGAUACUUACCGUAUCGGUAAAUAAAGAAGUCACGAUAUUACAAAGCAAACCCGAAAUUGCAAAAUGUCCAUUAGCAAAUGUUUCCAACAGGAAACAGACAACGCUCGACACUGAAGAAAGUCACAGUGUAAUGGAUGAAACAGUGGGAGAAACUGAACUCGGAUCGACUUCAGAUAAUUCUGGAGUCAUUGAACGACUGCAAAAACAGCUACAAAAGUCAGAAAGAUUAAGGUUUGCAAUGAAAAAGAGCCACAAACGUCGGCAAAGACAAUACAGGGAAAAAAUUAAAACCUUGGAACAAGAAGUACGUAUGCAAAAACGUUUUUCAAACGCAUUGAAAAACAUGUUCAAUGAUGACCAGAUAAAAAAGUUGAGGUGUGAGUAUAAAAGAAUGCCCAAAUGGUGCAACUCCACUUUAGUCAAAGCCUAUCAAUUAAAGUUUUCAUGUGGGUUAUCUGGCUACAAAGAAUUAUUAAAGCACGGUUUUCCGCUUCCUUCACUGCGAACGCUGAAUCGAAAACUCGAAAAUUUAAAAUUUCAGAGUGGAAUUUUACACGAAGUUUUUCAAUUUUUACACAUUAAAGUCUCACAGUUGUAA